AUGCAGAUUGUUCCAUCAGGGAUGCCGUUGGAACGCAUAGCGGCUGAUAUUCUGGGCGAACUACCAAUUCCGGAAAAUGGCAAUAGAUAUAUUUUAGUGGUCUCAGACUACUUCACUAAGUGGACGGAGGUUUUUCCUAUGCCAAAAAUGGCGGCUAAAACCGUGGCUAAGUUGAUUGUAGAAGAAUUUAUUGUAAGACUUGGAACGCCUAAGAUAAUACAUUCUGACCAAGGCAGACAAUUUGAAUGUGAGCUUUUCCGUGAAGUGUGUAAACUUUUGAACAUUCAGAAAACAGGGACCACGGCCUACCAUCCCCAGUCUGAUGGGAUGGUAGAGAGAUUUAACCGAACCUUAACAUGUAUGCUAAGCGCAUAUGUACAGGAGAAUCAAAAAGAUUGGGACACUCACAAUCCCUAUAUCAUGAUGUCAUAUAGGUCUGCAGAGCAUGAGUCGACAGGUUUCACGCCGAACAUGUUAAUGCUUGGAAGAGAAACAUCUUUGCCAUUAGAUUUGCAGUAUGAGAUGCCAGAGCCUCUUAAAGGUAGGAGUCCAAAUGAAUGGGCUUGGAUUCUUAAAGAAAGGAUAGAGAGAGCCCACAAUUUUGUUCGCAAUUACACAGAUGCUGCCAUGAGUAGACAGAAAAACUAUCAUGAUAUGAAGAUGUCCUGGGAGAAAUUUAAACCAGGUGAUCAAGUUUUUAUUUACUUUCCACAAAAGAAAAUAGGUUGUUCUCCGAAGCUCACUUCGUUUUGGCGUGGGCCUUUCGAAGUCCUUGAAAAGUGGUCAGAAGUGCUCUAUGCUGUUAACUGUGGAAGAAAAGGUGAAAGGCAGAUAAUACAUUGCGAUCGAAUACGAAAAAGAGGGACCAAAUCCUCCGAGGUGAAGAUUCCGAAAAUGCCAAACCUGAAAGUAACUAAAGCCAAAGUAAGAAAUCAAUGUCCAUUGUGUGAUGGAGAAGUGCAGAAUAAUCAUUGGCCUGAACAUUUAAUGAGUUGCACGGGUGGAAAGUUUCCAUGUGGAAAAUUAUUCAAGAAGAAGGAAUAUCUGGUCAGACACGAGAAGUUCCAUGAGAAAGAAUCAACGAAUCACAAUGGUGUGGAGAGCGACGAAGAGUGGGUUAGACAGGAUCUAGGGAAUUUAAUUGUACAGGUAUCCAGUUCAAGUGAAAGUUCCAGUGAUGAAGAAGAUGAGACAUGUGAAGGAAGGCCAGAAGAAAUCAAAAUGCAGAAAUCUCAAUCCGUACCAAAUGAAGAUAAAACUGAUAAUGAGAAAGAGACACGCCAAACAAUACCGGGAAACAGUAGUCCUUUGGAAAAGGGCAUAGUUGUGCGAAAGCGCACUGAACCAGCUCCAAUGUUCGCACCAAAGAGAACCAGUGAACCAUUACAGGAAAGUCUGAAGCAAACUGACGUAGAACCAUUACAGGAAAGUCUGAAGCAAACUGACGUAGAACCAUCACAAGAAAGUCUGAAGCAAACUGACGUAGAACCAUUACAGGAAAGUCUGAAGCAAACUGACGUAGAACCAUCACAAGAAAAACCAUUGCAAGAAAGUCUUAAGCAAACUGACGUAGAACCAUUACAGGAAAGUCUGAAGCAAACUGACGUAGAACUAUUGCAGGAAAGUCUGAAGCAAACUGACAUAGAACCAUUACAGGAAAGUCUGAAGCAAACUGACAUAGAACCUUUACAAGAAAGUCUGAAGCAAACUGACGUAGAACCUUUACAAGAAAGUCUGAAGCAAACUGACGUAGAACCAUUACAAGAAAAUCUGAAGCAAACUGACGUACAACCAUUACAGGAAAAACCAUUGCAAGAAAGUCUUAAGCAAACUGACGUAGAACCAUUACAGGGAAAUCUUAAGCAAACUGACGUAGAACCAUUACAGGAAAGUCUGAAGCAAACUGACGUAGAACUAUUGCAGGAAAGUCUGAAGCAAACUGACAUAGAACCAUUACAGGAAAGUCUGAAGCAAACUGACAUAGAACCUUUACAGGAAAGUCUGAAGCAAACUGACGUAGAACCUUUACAAGAAAGUCUUGAGCAAACUGAUGUAGAACCAUUACAAGAAAGUCUGAAGCAAACUGACGUAGAACCAUUACAGGAAAAUCUGAAGCAAACUGACGUACAACCAUUACAGGAAAGUCUGAAGCAAACUGACGUAGAACCAUUACAGGAAAAUCUGAAGCAAACUGACGUAGAACCAUUACAGGAAAGUCUGAAGCAAACUGACGUACAACCAUUACAGGAAAGUCUGAAGCAAACUGACGUAGAACCAUUACAGGAAAGUCUGAAGCAAACUGACGUAGAACCAUUACAGGAAAGUCUGAAGCAAACUGACGUAGAACCAUUACAAGAAAGUCUGAAGCAAACUGAUAUAGAACCAUUACAGGAAAGUCUGAAGCAAACUGACGUAGAACCAUUACAGGAAAAACCAUUACAGGAAAGUCUGAAGCAAACUGAUAUAGAACCAUUACAGGAAAGUCUGAAGCAAACUGACGUAGAACCAUUACAGGAAAGUCUGAAGCAAACUGACGUAGAACCAUUACAAGAAAGUCUUAAGCAAACUGACGUAGAACCAUUACAGGAAAGUUUGAAGCAAACUGACGUAGAACCUUUACAAGAAAGUCUGAAGCAAACUGACGUAGAACCUUUACAAGAAAGUCUGAAGCAAACUGACGUAGAACCAUUACAAGAAAGUCUGAAGCAAACUGACAUACAAGAAAGUCUGAAGCAAACUGACGUAGAACCAUUACAAGAAAGUCUGAAGCAAACUGAUGUAGAACCAUUACAGGAAAGUCUGAAGCAAACUGAUAUAGAACCAUUACAAGAAAGUCUGAAGCAAACUGACGUAGAACCAUUACAGGAAAGUCUGAAGCAAACUGACGUAGAACCAUUACAAGAAAGUCUUAAGCAAACUGACGUAGAACCUUUACAAGAAAGUCUUAAGCAAACUGACGUAGAACCAUUACAAGAAAGUCUGAAGCAAACUGACAUACAAGAAAGUCUGAAGCAAACUGACGUAGAACCAUUACAAGAAAGUCUGAAGCAAACUGAUGUAGAACCAUUACAGGAAAGUCUGAAGCAAACUGAUAUAGAACCAUUACAGGAAAGUCUGAAGCAAACUGACGUAGAACCAUUACAGGAAAGUCUGAAGCAAACUGACGUAGAACCAUUACAAGAAAGUCUUAAGCAAACUGAUGUAGAACCAUUACAGGAAAGUCUGAAGCAAACUGACUUAGAACCUUUACAAGAAAGUCUGAAGCAAACUGACGUAGAACCUUUACAAGAAAGUCUGAAGCAAACUGACGUAGAACCAUUACAAGAAAGUCUUAAGCAAACUGACGUAGAACCUUUACAAGAAAGUUUGAAGCAAACUGACGUAGAACCUUUACAAGAAAGUCUGAAGCAAACUGACGUAGAACCAUUACAAGAAAGUCUGAAGCAAACUGACGUAGAACCAUUACAAGAAAGUCUGAAGCAAACUGACGUAGAACCAUUACAAGAAAGUCUUAAGCAAACUGAUGUAGAACCAUUACAGGAAAGUCUGAAGCAAACUGACGUAGAACCUUUACAAGAAAGUCUGAAGCAAACUGAUAUAGAACCAUUACAGGAAAGUCUGAAUCAAACUGACGUAGAACCAUUACAGGAAAGUCUGAAGCAAACUGACGUAGAACCAUUACAAGAAAGUCUGAAGCAAACUGAUGUAGAACCAUUACAGGAAAGUCUGAAGCAAACUGACGUAGAACCAUUACAAGAAAGUCUGAAGCAAACUGACGUAGAACCAUUACAAGAAAGUCUGAAGCAAACUGACAUACAAGAAAGUCUGAAGCAAACUGACGUAGAACCAUUACAAGAAAGUCUGAAGCAAACUGAUGUAGAACCAUUACAGGAAAGUCUGAAGCAAACUGAUAUAGAACCAUUACAAGAAAGUCUGAAGCAAACUGACGUAGAACCAUUACAGGAAAGUCUGAAGCAAACUGACGUAGAACCAUUACAAGAAAGUCUUAAGCAAACUGAUGUAGAACCAUUACAGGAAAGUCUGAAGCAAACUGACGUAGAACCUUUAAAAGAAAGUCUGAAGCAAACUGACGUAGAACCAUUACAAGAAAGUCUUAAGCAAACUGACGUAGAACCUUUACAAGAAAGUCUGAAGCAAACUGACGUAGAACCUUUACAAGAAAGUCUGAAGCAAACUGACGUAGAACCUUUACAAGAAAGUUUGAAGCAAACUGACGUAGAACCAUUACAAGAAAGUCUGAAGCAAACUGACGUAGAACCAUUACAAGAAAGUCUUAAGCAAACUGAUGUAGAACCAUUACAGGAAAGUCUGAAGCAAACUGACGUAGAACCUUUACAAGAAAGUCUGAAGCAAACUGAUAUAGAACCAUUACAGGAAAGUCUGAAGCAAACUGACGUAGAACCAUUACAGGAAAGUCUGAAGCAAACUGACGUAGAACCAUUACAAGAAAGUCUGAAGCAAACUGAUGUAGAACCAUUACAGGAAAGUCUGAAGCAAACUGACGUAGAACUAUUACAAGAAAGUCUGAAGCAAACUGACGUAGAACCAUUACAGGAAAGUCUGAAGCAAACUGACGUAGAACUAUUACAAGAAAGUCUGAAGCAAACUGAUGUAGAACCAUUACAAGAAAGUCUGAAGCAAACUGAUGUAGAAGCAUUGCAAGAAUGUCUGAAGCAAACUGAUGUAGAACCAUUACAGGAAAGUCUGAAGCAAACUGAUAUAGAACCAUUACAGGAAAGUCUGAAGCAAACUGACGUUUUCCACUGUAAAUCUACUUGUCUGUAA